AUGGGGCCUUUGAGGGUUUGGUCAAACUUCAAACACAUCCUGCAAAACAAUGUCAUCAGUCAAAGCAAAAUCAGAGCUGCUGUGUUCAAAGGACUUACAAGCUUAAAAUAUCUCAAUAUGGUUUUCAAUGUUAUCAAAUAUGAAACAGAUGAACCAAUCCACCCACCACCCUUCAUUAUACUUGUACUUUCUGAAUAUCCUUUAUACAGUGGGGAAAAAAAGUAUUUAGUCAGCCACCAAUUGUGCAAGUUCUCCCACUUAAAAAGAUGAGAGAGGCCUGUAAUUUUCAUCAUAGGUACACGUCAACUAUGACAGACAAAAUUAGAAAAAAAAAUCCAGAAAAUCACAUUGUAGGAUUUUUUAUGAAUUUAUUUGCAAAUUAUGGUGGAAAAUAAGUAUUUGGUCACCUACAAACAAGCAAGAUUUCUGGCUCUCACAGACCUGUAACUUAUUCUUUAAGAGGCUCCUCUGUCCUCCACUCGUUACCUGUAUUAAUGGCACCUGUUUGAACUUGUUAUCAGUAUAAAAGACACCUGUCCACAACCUCAAACAGUCACACUCCAAACUCCACUAUGGCCAAGACCAAAGAGCUGUCAAAGAACACCAGAAACAAAAUUGUAGACCUGCACCAGUCUGGGAAGACUGAAUCUGCAAUAGGUAAGCAGCUUGGUUUGAAGAAAUCAACUGUGGGAGCAAUUAUUAGGAAAUGGAAGACAUACAAGACCACUGAUAAUCUCCCUCGAUCUGGGGCUCCACGCAAGAUCUCACCCCGUGGGGUCAAAAUGAUCACAAGAACAGUGAGCAAAAAUCCCAGAACCACACGGUGGAACCUAGUGAAUGACCUGCAGAGAGCUGGGACCAAAGUAACAAAGCCUACCAUCAGUAACACACUACGCCGCCAGGGACUCAAAUCCCCCUGCUUAAGCCAGUACAUGUCCAGGCCCGUCUGAAGUUUGCUAGAGUGCAUUUGGAUGAUCCAGAAGAGGAUUGGGAGAAUGUCAUAUGGUCAGAUGAAACCAAAAUAGAACUUUUUGGUAAAAACUCAACUCGUCGUGUUUGGAGGACAAAGAAUGCUGAGUUGCAUCCAAAGAACACCAUACCUACUGUGAAGCAUGGGGGUGGAAACAUCAUGCUUUGGGGCUGUUUUUCUGCAAAGGGACCAGGACGACUGAUCGGUGUAAAGGAAAAAAUGAAUGGGGCCAUGUAUCGUGAGAUUUUGAGUGAAAACCUCCUUCCAUCAGCAAGGGCAUUGAAGAUGAAACGUCUUUCAGCAUGACAAUGAUCCCAAACACACUGCCCGGGCAACGAAGGAGUGGCUUCAUAAGAAGCAUUUCAAGGUCCUGGAGUGGCCUAGCCAGUCUCCAGAUCUCAACCCCAUAGAAAAUCUUUGGAGGGAGUUGAAAGUCCGUGUUGCCCAGCGACAGCCCCAAAACAUCACUGCUCUAGAGGAGAUCUUAAUGGAGGAAUGGGCCAAAGUACCAGCAACAGUGUGUGAAAACCUUGUGAAGACUUACAGAAAACGUUUGACCUGUGUCAUUGCCAACAAAGGGUAUAUAACAAAGUAUUGAGAAACUUUUGUUAUUGACCAAAUACUUAUUUUCCACCAUAAUUUGCAAAUAAAUUCAUUAAAAAACCUACAAUGUGAUUUUCUGGAUUUUUUUUCCUCAUUUUGUCUGUCAUAGUUGACGUGUACCUAUGAUGAAAAUUACAGGCCUCUCUCAUCUUUUUAAGUGGGAGAACUUGCACAAUUGGUGGCUGACUAAAUACUUUUUUUCCCCACUGUAUCUGUAGUCAGCAUCAAAGUAGAUACAAGAUGCAAGCUUAUCUGCCGUCCAACUUUCUUGAAGGUCUGAAAAAUGUAUCAGAGUUCUAUGCAGGGAAUCUUUUCUUGUGUCCCUUUACCCAGACACGUUCAUUCACACACACCAGCUGUUGUCCCUUGCCAUUAGCAAGAAUGGGUUCAUAGACACGUUCAUUCUCCCCAGAGCUGUUUCACUCAAUCCCAAAGCUCCAACGUCUCUCUGUAGCCAAAGUUGGACUGAAGUCCUUUGAUUUCCUAAAAAGAGCCAACCUCACUCAAGUCAGUUCCUUACAGGUGACACGGAAUCAAUUUACAGCACAUCCAUCAAUGAGACACUGGUGCCAUCUCUCCCGGCCUUAACUCUCCUGGAUACGCGGCGGAAUCCUUUCAUCUGUGACUGUAGAAAUGCUUGGGCUAAGAGCAACAACCAAACAACCAAAUACAAGUUGUUUAUGCCCAUGACUAUCCCUGCAGCUAUCCGUACGAUCUAAAGGACACUAAACUGUUUGACCUGGACACCUACUCCUCUUCAGAGACAAGGGCUUCUCCUACUUCAUCUCCACCACUGCUCUGGUCCUCGUCACCCCGCUGGGGUCCUUUAUCUCCUAAGGUGGCAGGUGGUCUGCGCCCACAAUCUCUUCCUGGCUUAUCUCCAUGACGCCAAGCAAAGGAACAGCCAAACUCCUCAUCAGGACGACACCUUUUGUCUCCUACAACGCCCACGAUGAGCCCUGGAUCCUGAGGGAGCUGCCGCCAGAGCUGGAGGGAGAGCAGGGCUGGAAGCUGAGUCUGCAGCACCGGGACGUCCAGCCAGGUACCACAUACCGUAUGCAGCACAACAAUUGGUCAUUGUAUUGAAAUGCAUUGUUAUUUCAGACACUAAAUAUGACAGUGCAUAUUUUUAAAUUGAUAUUUUGACACAACACAGGCUUGUGUGAGUGACCUGACUCCAGUAUAGCAUUAAAUGUCUUGUCUGAAAAGGAGAACUGUUGCCAGCUGAUGUUUCCCUGUAACUACUGUACAUACACAUUCAACUAGUAGCGACAGUACAUUGGGAAAAAUCACUGCUUACAAAAGGAUUUGUUUCUCACUGUUCCACAGGUAAAACCCAUCAUAGGCAACAUCACGGAAGCCGUCUACGCGAGCAGAAAAAGCAUCUGUGUGAUCAGCUGGCCAAUACCUGGAAAUCGAGUGGUGCUCCAGAGAGAUACAGGUGGCCGGGUUGGUUUAAUGUCUUUCUCUUUAUUGUUGUAUGACUGACCAGGGGUUCGAUUUCACUAAAGUGGCAUAGCUAAUAGUACUUUGUUUCUCUCAAUGUGCCCAACCCACUCCACUCAUAGAACAACAAAAUGCUUUACUUGACAAAUGUUGUUUCUACACCCACAGACAAUUGACUGUCACACAUCCAUUUGAUCAUUUGUAUUCUUUUUUUCGGCUGGGUUGUCGAGGAAAACAAUGUUAGAUACAGAUAGGAGUCUUUUGGGGAAACUCGCCCUGUGUAUUGAUCUCUGGUCAAACACUGAAAUAAAAGGCUACGCUCUUUCAAGCUUCCGUCUGUUUGACAAACAGAAGGAUGUGCUGAUCCUUGUGUUUCUGGAGGAGAUCCCAGACCACCAGCUCUCACCCUACCACCACAUGAGGAGGCUGGUGAAGAGACGCACCUACCUGAGCUGGCCCAGAGCUGGCCCAGAGCUGGCCCAGAGCUGGCCCAGAGCUGGGGAGCAUACCGAGGUCUUCUGGCAGAAACUCUGGGUUGCUCUGGAAACCAGAGACUGUCCUGAUGAGGAGAACCCCAUCCUCACCGGGGUGAAGAGAACGUGACAUAGACAACUGUCAUGCUCUGUUUUACAUUUAUAUGAUAUUUUUGGUUUUACAUUUUAACAUUUAUAUAAUACAUGUUUUUACAUUUACAUUUGAGUCAUUUAGCAGAUUCUCUUAUACAGAGCGAUUUACAUGAUUGAAUAACAUUGACCAAUGCUAAUAUUUAAUACAUCUAAGGAUCUAAUGCGCUUGCUUAGUUACAUGCAAUUAUUUCUAUUAACCUGGCUUUGUUAACUCUUGGUUGUUAUGAAAAAAAAAACAGAUUCUCUUUGAAAUUAACAGCUCUUUAUCAUUAUCAAUAUGACAUGAAGUAGACUUUGUGCAAUGCGUAUUUUUCCUUGUCAGUUGAAGCAAGUUGAUAAAAAUAACACUUGUUAUAUAUUGGAGCAUCAGUGUGUGACUAGUCUUAAUAUUAAUAAACAGAUCAGUUGACCUUUUCCUUGAGGUGAAACACACGCACAACGCCGCACGCGUGCACGCGCUAUUGCAGGAAGUAGGACACUUUGCAUAGCAGCCUAUUGUGACUUUGGUGCAAGAAAAUGAUAAAUCAUAGCACAGCUCCAAACCAUAUGGGUUUAAAAUCACCCUUACGUCAUUAGUAAUAUACCAAUUUGGAGAUAUUGUAAUAUUACAGUUACCACCCAUGUUUAAUUAUCAAUUUGUCAACGGCAAAGCACAAUUUACAUAAUCGUCUUCUUUCUCUUAAUAUGUUUUUGUUCAUAUGUUUUACUUGUAUUAUACACUGAACAAAAAUAUAAACGCAACAUGUAAAGUGUUGGUCCCAUGUUUCAUUAGCUGAAAUAAAAGAUCCCAGAAAUGUUCCACACGCACAAAAAGCUUAUUUCUCUACAAAUUUGUUUAUAUCCCUGUUAGUGAGCUUUUCUCCUUUGCCAAGAUAAUCCAUCCACCUGAUAGGUGGGGUAUAUUAUAUCAAGAAGCUGAUUAAACAGCAUGAUCAUUACACAGGUGCACCUUGUGCUGGGGACAAUAAAAGGCCACUCUAAAAUGUGCAGUUUUCUUCACACAACACAAUGCCACAGAUGUCUCAAGUUUUGAGGGAGCAUGCAAUUGGCAGCUGACUGCAUGAAUGUCCAUCAGAGCUGUUGACAAAUAACUGAAUGUUAAUUUCUUUACCAUAAGCCGCCGCCAACGUUGAUUUAGAGAAUUUGGCAGUACGUCCAACCGGCAUCAUGUGGGCGAGCGGUUUGCUGAUGUCAACAUUGUGAACAUAGUACCCCAUGGUGGUGGUGGGGUUAUAGUAUGGGCAGGCAUAAGCUACGGACAACGAACACAAUUGCAUUUUAUCAAUGUCAAUUUGAAUGCAGAGAGAUACCGUGACGAUCCUGAUGCUCUGGAUCGACGUGUAUGACAGCAUGUUGCAGUUCCCGCCAAUAUCCAGCAACUUUGCACACCAAUUGAAGAGGAGUGGGACAACAUUCCACAAAACACAGUUAACAGCCUGAUCAACUCUAUGCGAAGCAGAUGUGUCUCCCUGCAUGAGGCAAAUGGUGGUCACACCAGAAACUUGACUGGUUUUCUGGUCCAUGCCCCUACCUUUUUUUAAAAGGUAUCUGUGACGAACAGGUGCAUAUCUGUAUUCCCAGUCAUGUGAAAUCCAUAGAUUAGGGUCUCAUUUAUUUAUUUCAAUUGACUGAUUUCCCUAUAUGAACUGUGACUGAGUAAAAUCUUUGCAAUUGUAUAUGUUUGUUCAGUAUAGAUAGAACAUGUUUAACUAUGGGGCGGCAGGUAGCUUAGUGGGUAAGAGCGUUGUGCCAGUAACCGAAAGGUCGCUGGUUCUAAUCCCCGAGCCGACUAGGUGAAAAAUCUGUCGAUGUGCCCUUGAGCAAGGCACUUAACCCUAAUUGCUCCUGUAAGUCGCUCUGGAUAAGAGCGUCUGCUAAAUGACCAAAAAUAAAAUAAAUAAAUAACUAUAAAAGGCAUUCAGAAGAGACAGGAGUUUGAAAGGGGGAAUAGCAUUUUAGCGUAAAAAAAAUAGUGUUUUGUUCUAUGGACAGAGCAUCCAGACGAAGUUGUCCAAUCAUGUAUUAGUUUACUGUACCACCUUUGAGCUUGUCCUCAAAGGCGGCAGGUAGCUUAGUGGGUAAGAGCGUUGUGCCAGUAACCGAAAGGUCGCUGGUUCUAAUCCCCGAGCCGACUAGGUGAAAAAAUCUGUUGAUGUGCCCUUAAGCAAGGCACUUAACCCUAAUUGCUCCUGUAAGUCGCUCUGGAUAAGAGUGUCUGCUAAAAUGUAAAUGUCCUCAAUACAGUAGACUAGUACCAUUAAAUCCUCACAUUGUUUAUGAAGGCCAAACACAAGAAGGAACUGCACGUGUAAUCAAUAAAAACAAUGUUAACAACUAUAAUUCUACAUUAUAUUAUUUAAUCUCAUGUCACCAAUAAAUAGCCCUAUCAUUAACCCUUUCAUCUCUGUAACUAAUGACUGUAUCACCAAUAAACAGCCCUAUCAUUAACCCACCAGGAUAACACUAAAUAUCAUUCCUUUAUCUGCUAUGGAACUCAAACAAAUAUACAAAUAUACAGUCAUCAGGAGAGUCAGGAGUCCUGAUUUGACUUUUCUGCCAACAUGUUGGUAAAAUAUCAUAUUUCCAUGCUUGUGAUAUAUAAAAUAGGUAUAUCGAAUCAGUCCCUAACAACAAUAUGUUCAGACAGUGAAGGGCAUUUUAUGUGUAUGUGUGUUUGUGCAUGUGUGCAUAAUGUUUGCCUAACUAUGAAAAGUUAAGGUUAAACUACUAGGCUAUUGAGGAAAUGCCACAAUUUCAUGGACUGAGAUGAAGAGAGUUACUGGUUUUGGGUGCAGUGGGUACCUCUCUCUCACGCACAUCAACUCCCAGUUUCAUAUAGGUUUAGGGUGUUUAGGGGGCCCCUGGGAACUCAAAACUGGAUUUGUUCAGGCGAAGCCUAUCUUUAAAAUGUCCUAAUCAUCCAUUUGGUACAUGGCCAAUGGUUAAAUAUGUUAUAACAACCAAUAGAUUCUCUCACUGUAAUAUGAACCACUGUGAAUGAUAGCUUUCCCAUGCAUGGAUCAAAAGAAGCAAGUUUAUAUUUCAGUUGUCAUUCACCAAAGUAUAUUCUAUGAUUCUAUGAUAAAGUCCAAUUUAAUGUUGUAUUACUUUUCAAAAUCCAUCAGACGUAGGACUGAGAGUUACUGGCGUAACGCAGUUUCUCUGAACCUCCGCAAGGUCAGAGAAAAGUCUCUCUGUGUCUGUCUCUCCUUUUUUACAUUUAAGUCAUUUAGCAGACGCUAUUAUCCAGAGCGACUUACAGUUAGUGAAUACAUAUAUAUAUUUUUUUAUACUGGCACCCCGUGGGAAUCGAACCCACAACCCUGGCGUUGCAAACACCAUGCUCUAUCAACUGAGCUACAUCCCUGCCGGCCAUUCCCUUCCCUACCCUGGACGACCCUGGACCAAUUGUGCGCCGCCCAUGAGACCACUGCGCCACUCAGGAGUUUUUCUACUUAGUAGCUACAAUGUGCGACUGCAUUUUUGUGUUCAAAUGUUUACACCACGGCCUGUAGGUCCAGGUUGCGGGCUGGACUGUUUUCUAUACUGAGUAUUGCCAACCCAGACAGUCUUUCCUGAGACAUUGUGCAUUAUAUGUCCAUUGUGUUGCACACAAUUUAAACUUAGUCUUGAAUGAUGGAUGCAUGCCAAGAUAUACCAGAGUUAAGGGAAUGUUGAUAUUUCAACCACGCACAGAUUCACCAGUAUGAACGAAAUCGCAAAUAUAUUCAUGAUAUCUAAUUGCGAUCUUGUCUCAUCACAGCAACUCCCCAACGGGCUCGGGAGAGGCAAAGGUCGAGUCAUGCGUCCUCCGAAACAUGACCCGCCAAGCCGCACUGCUUCUUAACACCCGCUCGCUUAACCCGGAAGCCAGCUGCACCAAUGUGUCAGAGAAAACACUGUUCAACCGACAACCGGAGUCAGCUUGCUGGCGCCUGGCCCGCCACAAGGAGUUGCUAGAAAGCAACGAGCCAAGUAAAGCCCCCCCUUCGGCCAAACCCUCCCCUAACCCGGACAACUCUGGUCCAAUUGGGCGCCGCCCUAUGAGACUCCCGGUCACGGCCGGUUGUGACACAGCCUGGGACGCUGUAGUGACGCCGCAACACUGCGAUGCAGUGCCUUAGAACGCUGCGCCACUUGGGAGGCCCUAAUUUAGAUGUUUUAUUGUAGAUCUGGAUGCGGAUGCAUUCUGCUGUUGGAGCACCAGGGGGCACUGUUGUAUAACAAGUGAAAAAGAUGAACAGUGUUCUUAGUCAAAUCUAAUUGUAUUUGUCACAUGCUUGGUAAACAACAGGUGUAGACUUACAGUGAAAUGCUUACUUACGGGAUCUUCCCAACAAUGCAGAGAGAAAUAAAGAUAAAUAAUAGAAAAAUAAUAACACAAGGAACAAAUACACAAUGAGUAAUGAUAGCUUGGUUAUAUACAGGGGGUACCAGUACCAAGUCCAUGUAAAGGGGUGUGAGGUUACCAGUUGAUGUGCAGGAGGGGUGUGAUGUGUUGUGUAUGGGAUAGUGAUGUAGUAGUGUAUUUAUUUCUCUCUCUCUCUCUCUCUCUCUCUCUCUCUCUCUCUCUCUCUCUCUCUCUCUCUCUCUCUCUCUCUCUCUCUCUCUCUCUCUCUCUCUCUCUUCGCCUUCCAUUCAGACCGCCAUGGUAGGGUCAGAGAGGCGGGUCAUGCCUAAACCCUAUGCCCAGGAGAGUGCCUCCAGCCUGGGACCG